AUGAUACGGUAUGGAUGGACUUCGAAAUUUGCUCAUACGCAGAGAAACAUAUUUUUCAGAUCUACUAGAGGGUUUAGAUCAUCAACAAGUCAUCCAAAUGAUAAAAGUGUCUCGUUAUCCUUCAACAAAUUACCUAAGUCUAUCAACCAAACAGAAGACAAAGCCACCGAGGAAGCUAAAAAGAUAGAAAAUCAACGCACAGAUUCUCCUGAGUAUACACCAACAUUAACUAAGGUACGGGAAAUGAUGGAUAAGUACAAAGAGUAUGUCGUCUUAACUCAACUUGGAAGUUUUUACGAACUUUACUUCGAACACGCAGUUGAAUUUUCAUCCAAGCUUAAUCUGAAUUUGGGAAAAAGACAAGUCAGAGGAAAAAAGAUUCCCAUGGCCGGUUUUCCAUUGAGUCAAAUCGAUAGACAUUUGAAAGUAUUAGUCCAGGAUUUGAAUUUAGGCGUUGCAAUUGUUGAACAAUUUAAGAAUGAAACAUCAAUAGAGAAUGAGGUCAAUAAAGUCACUAGAAGACUAACAAGAAUUAUAACCCCAGGGACACUUGUGGAUGAAGCUUUCUUGAAUCAAAAGGAAAAUAAUUUUUUGCUAUCAAUCGAUAUAUCAUUAUCUGCUUUCAAAAGAGAAGCUUUGGAAGAUAUGAAAAUUGGACUUGCAUGGGCUGAUAUAUCUGUCGGUUUAACCUAUAUUCAAGAGACUACAUUAAGGGAACUUCUCCCAACAAUCAAUCAAAUAGGACCCAGUGAGAUUAUAUUCAAUGAAAACUUGUUACCUUUUAAACUAGAAACAGGUGAUUGGUAUCCAGAGAUGGUUGAAUUGAAAAGAUACUUCAGAAAAUAUCAGACACUACCUACUGCACAUAAAACUAUGGAAAUGUUCUUUUCAAUGUUUGAGAUUGUUGAAGAUUCCGAUAAAGAGAAACUCAAAAGCUUUAAUCAAAAGGAAACGGCAGCCCUCAAAAAUUUGUUGCACUAUAUUGAUUAUCAUCUACCUGAAAGUCCAAUUCGCCUUCAGAUUCCUAUAAGAAGAAUACCAAAACAUAUUAUGCAAAUAGAUUCCCGUACAAGUGAUGCUCUUGAAUUACACAAAUCAUUCAAAGAUGAUCUAAAGAAAGGAUCCCUUGUUCAUACAAUUAGAAGAACUGUAACAGAUUCAGGGUCAAGAUUGUUGUCAAAAUGGGUAAUGGCGCCAUCUACAGAUACCAGAGAAAUCAAUAGAAGACAAGCAUUGGUGACACUGUUUUACAAGCAUACGUUAUUUCGCAUAGAUGUUAUAUCUAAACUUAAUGAGGUACAUGAUAUUAGUCGUAUUGUUCAAAGAUUCGUCAUGGGUCGUGGUUCAGCUAUUGAGUUAAUUCAUCUAGCACACACUAUUCAAACAUUACAAGAAUUACAGAAUACUAUUGAGAUCGAAGCAAAGAAAACACUGUCUAAACAGAAAUUAUUAGCUAAAUUUCUGGUUCCAUUUCCGAAACUAGUAAAACUUUCAGAAUUAAUAUUGCAUAAUAUAAGAGAAGAUGAAUUGUUAGCAAAAGAAAGAAUGGAAGAAGAAGCACGCGAGGAUGAACUGUCUCCAGAGACGAUUCAGCUCCAAAAUAGUAAAAAAAUAAUGAAUGAUGAACAAAUCACUAAAUUGUCAUGGACCGUGAAACCAAACGCAUCUCCGACACUUCAAAAGGCACAUGAUUAUCACAAUGAACUUCUAGAGGAAGAAAAGAAAAUGCUCGAGCAAUUGAACGUGAUGUUUAAAGAAACUCUGGGAUUCAAGUCAGUGGAACUGAGAAAUAGUAUAAGUUUAGGAUAUCAGCUUUACAUCAGAUCUGUAAAAGGGUCAUCAACUGAUAAGCUCGAAAGUAUGCCUGAAUUUCACAUCAAGAGCAAAAACCCAAGUGCUUUAUGGGUCAAUUACCGUCCUUGGACCGUCUUAGGAGAGGCCAUAGAAAACUCAACCAAUAGGAUUUUUUAUGAAGAACAACAACUGAUAAAAUCAUUGAAGAAGAAAGUGGUUCACCAAAGCUCAGCAUUAAGAAGUAUGGGUGAGCUUCUUGAUUUAUUAGACGUGACAAGUUCAUUUGCGGUAUUGGCACACGAGCGUAAUUUGGUAUGCCCCAAGGUUGAUAAAUCUUUAGAUCUUGAUAUAAUAAAGGGUCGUCAUCUAGUUGUUGAAGAUGGACUUAAAAGAACUUUAAAGAACUUCACACCAAAUGAUCAUAUCUCAAGAAGAGAUAAACCACUAUGGGUAAUAACGGGGCCAAAUAUGGGAGGCAAGUCAACAUUUUUACGCCAGAACGCAGUUAUUGUGAUUCUUGCACAAAUAGGAAGCUAUGUUCCGGCAGAAUCUGCUACUAUUGGGGUUGUUGAUAAGAUAUUCAGUAGAGUUGGAGCUGCUGAUGAUCUAUAUAAUGAUCUGAGUACCUUUAUGGUCGAGAUGAUAGAAACUAGUUAUAUACUCAAAGGUGCCACAGAGCGUUCACUUGCGAUUCUUGAUGAAGUGGGACGAGGAACAAGUGGUAGUGAGGGUCUUGCAAUUGCCUUUGCUACAUUACAUCAUCUUUUGACCGUCAAUAAAUCGAGAGCUUUAUUUGCAACUCAUUUCGGGGAUGAGUUACAUAAAUUUUUAGGUGAUAGAGAUUUAGGAAAUUUUGUUGAGUUCAAGAAAACACAAGUUAAGGAAAACGAAAAUGGAAAAAGAUUAAUUUUCAAUCACCAAAUGGAAGAUGGUAUAUCAGAGAAAUCAUAUGCUAUCGAGGUUGCUGGUAUGGCAGGAUUUCCUACAAGUGCUCUUCAGAUUGCCAGUGAAACUCUUAAAAAGCUUUGA